AUGGCGUCGGAUAAGAUAAAAGUAGCCGUACGGGUUCGACCCUUUAACAGGCGAGAGCUGGAACUUGGCACACAAUGCGUGGUGGACAUGGAGGCGCAGCAGACGGUGCUGCGGUAUCCUCAGUCAACACACGACAAAGACAGGAAACAGCCAAAGUCAUUCGCGUUCGACCACUGCUUUUAUUCCCUGGACCCAGGGUUGCCACACUUCGCCUCGCAAAAAACUGUGUUCGAAUGCCUCGGCCGGGACAUCCUCGACAAUGCCUUCGACGGUUACAAUGCCUGCAUUUUUGCGUAUGGCCAAACAGGAUCGGGCAAAUCGUAUACUAUGAUGGGCGCUCCAGGAGCGGACGAAGGUGGCAUCAUACCGAGGCUCUGCAAUGCGCUCUUCGAAAGAAUUGCCGUCCAGCAGAACCCACCGGCGCUCACAUACAAGGUGGAGGUGUCCUACAUGGAGAUCUACAACGAGCGUGUGCACGAUCUCCUGGAUCCGGAGACGUCGCGACGGUCACUCAGAGUGCGCGAGCAUGCUGUGCUAGGACCAUACGUCGACGGACUGUCACAGCUGGCCGUUGCAUCAUUUCAGGACAUCGACAACCUGAUGACUGAAGGGAACAAAUCACGAACAGUCGCCGCCACAAACAUGAACAGUGAAUCUUCGCGUUCACACGCCGUGUUCAGCGUGGUACUGACUCAGACACUCACCGACGCAGCCACCGGCGUCUCCGGCGAGAAAGUGGCGCGAUUAUCCCUUGUCGACCUGGCAGGAUCCGAGCGGGCUGUCAAAACCGGCGCUGUCGGCGACCGUCUCAAAGAAGGCUCUAAUAUCAACAAGUCUUUAACAACGUUGGGUUUGGUGAUAUCGAAGCUGGCAGACCAGUCAUCUGGCAAAACUAAUAAAGAUAAAUUCGUGCCGUAUAGAGACUCUGUACUCACGUGGCUCUUGAAAGACAACCUCGGUGGAAACAGUAAAACUGUUAUGGUGGCCACAAUAUCCCCAGCGGCGGACAAUUAUGAAGAGACCCUCUCAACUCUCCGAUAUGCGGAUAGGGCGAAGCGCAUCGUCAACCACGCCGUGGUGAACGAGGACCCGAAUGCUCGCAUCAUACGCGAACUACGGCAGGAAGUGGAGGCGUUAAAGGAGAUGCUCAAACAUGCCACGGGUUCACCGGUAGGCGAAGAUGUGCAUGAACAACUAGCGCAAAGCGAACAUCUCAUGAAGGAAAUGUCAAGAACGUGGGAGGAAAAACUUGUAGAGACAGGUCGGAUACAAAGUGAGAGACAGCAAGCAUUGGAAAAGAUGGGUAUCAGCGUGCAGGCCAGCGGCAUCAAAGUGGAAAAGAACAAGUACUACUUAGUCAAUCUUAACGCAGACCCAUCACUCAACGAACUAUUAGUGUACUAUUUAAAGAAUAAAACAUUAGUGGGUGCCGAUCAGUCUGCCGAUAUCCAGCUAUCGGGUUUGGGUAUUCAGCCGCAGCACUGCCACCUGUUGGUGGAGGGCGGGGCGUUGUUCAUGGAGCCGUUGGGCGGAGCGCGGUGUUUCGUUAACGGAACACCAGUUGUGUCCCGCGUGAGAUUGGGACACGCCGAUCGCAUAUUGUGGGGCAACCACCACUUUUUCCGUGUUAACUGUCCGCGAACCACAACAGCCGCAUCCGAGCCACAAACUCCCGCCCAGCCCAUUGACUAUAAUUUCGCGCGGGACGAGAUUAUGCUGAACGAACUCAGCAACGAUCCUAUACAGACCGCUAUAUCACGACUUGAGAAACAACACGAGGAAGACAAACAAGUGGCUUUGGAGAAACAGAGACAAGAGUACGAAAGACAGUUCCAGCAGUUGAGAAAUAUACUGUCACCGUCAACACCUUAUCCACCAUACACAUAUGAUCCUCUGAAAUUAGGUAAAAUGUCAGCAUGUACGCCAACGACAGCGGCUCGCGUGGAACGUUGGGCGGCGGAACGCGAUGAUACAUUCAAGCGAUCACUGGGACGUCUGAAGGCGGACAUACUGCGGGCCAACUCGCUCGUGCAGGAGGCCAACUUCCUGGCCGAGGAGAUGAGGCGGAACACGCGGUUCAGCGUCACGCUACAGAUCCCGCCGCAGAACUUAAGCCCUAACAGAAAGCGUGGAGCGUUCGUAUCGGAGCCAGCUAUAAUGGUGAAGCGUCCCGGUCGCGGCGGACAGGUGUGGUCUAUGGAGAAGCUUGACAACAAGUUGGUGGACAUGCGAGACAUGUAUGAAGAGUGGCGACGGCGGCAACAAUGCUCGCCAGACGAUCCUCUACACGAGGAGCCAACCGAUAAAGUACUUGAUCCAUUCUACGAGUCUCAAGAGAACCACAAUCUGAUCGGCGUAGCAAACGUGUUCUUGGAAGCGUUGUUCCACGACGUGACGCUCGACUAUCACACACCCAUUAUCAGUCAACAAGGCGAAGUAGCUGGGCGUCUGCAGGUGGAGCUUAGUCGCGUAGCUGGCCAGUUCCCACAGGACAGGAUCUGCGAGGCUGCUUCCGAUAGUUCAGGCGACAUGCGCGAUGAAGAUGAACCUGUCGAUCCCGCCACACAACAAGUGACGAUCCGCGUGUGCAUAAAGCAGGCUAGUGGCCUGCCGCCGUCGUUGUCCCACUUCGUGUUCUGCCAGUACUCGGUGGUGGGCGGCGAGGCGGUGGUGGUGGCGCCGCGCGUGACCGCGGACGCGCCGCCCGCGUCGCCGCGCUCGCCGCAGGCCGCGUUCCGGUUCGACCACCAGCGGGACUUCACCCUCCCACUCACCGAAGAGUUGGUCGAGCACUGUGCAGAGGGUGCAUUAUCGAUUGAAGUAUGGGGUCACCGCUCUGCUGGGUUCAGUCGUGGCCGCAACAACUGGGAGGUGGAGCAGCAGCAACUAGCCAAGGCUCGCUCGUUGGCGGAUAGAUGGGCGGAACUCACGCGCAAGAUAGAAUUGUGGGUGGAGAUACACGAGCUAAACGAUCAGGGCGAAUACGCGCCCGUUGAGGUGGUCCAGGUGGUGCAGCGCAGUGACAUGCUGACUGGCGGCGUGUACCAGCUGCGGCAGGGCCAGCAGCGGCGCGUGUCCGUGCGCGUGCGGCCCGCCCACAACUCGGGCACGCUGCCCAUCAUAUGCCAGCACAUAGUCAGCGUCGAGGUCGGCUCCGUCUCAGUCAGGUCCCGUCUACAGAAACCUCUGGACUCUUACCAGGAGGAAGAUCUGGCUGUACUACGCGAGCGGUGGAGUGACGCGCUCGCUCGCCGCCGGCAACAUUUACACGCACAACUACAGAAAUUGGUGAACAUGUCGCCAUCGCUGAAAAGCGAACGUGAUAUGGAACGGGAACAAUCACUUGUUGAACAAUGGGUGUCCCUCACAGAGGAGAGGAACGCGGUUCUAGUCCCGAGUCCUGGAAGCCCGAUACCGGGUGCACCAGCGGCCUGGGAUCCACCGCCUGGAAUGGAACAACAUAUCCCUGUACUAUUCCUCGAUCUAAACGCGGACGAUCUGUCUACGCACGGAAGGGCAGAGGGGGAAGCGGGCGUGGCGGGGCUACACUCCAUAUUGCCAAAAGAGCACGGGAACAGAUUCUACGAAUUGCAGAUAUUACACCACCACGACAAGGACGUCUCCGCGGUCGCUUCCUGGGACUCCUCCAUUCACGACUCGCAGUAUCUCAACCGGACAACAGAAGCUAAUGAACGAGUGUACCUGAUUCUAAAGACGACAGUGAGGCUUUCGCAUCCUGCUCCGAUGGAUCUCAUACUUAGAAAACGUUUAGGUUUAAACAUUUACAAACGACAGAGUCUAACAGAUAGGAUACGCAAGAAAAUUGUAAGGACUGACCAACUUACGCAGACUGGCGUAACAUAUGAAGUGGUAUCGAACAUUCCAAAGGCGUCAGAAGAAUUGGAGGAACGCGAGAGUUUAGCGCAAAUCGCAGCCACUGGCGAGGAAGCGAGUGCUGCUGACGGGGAAACUUAUAUAGAAAAAUACACGCGCGGAGUGAGCGCCGUAGAGAGUAUACUAACUCUAGAUCGCCUUCGACAAAGCGUCGCCGUGAAGGAACUGGAACAAGCGCGUGGACAACCGAUCACUAUGCGCAAAACCGCCUCUGUGCCAAACUUCUCACAGAUCAUGCGUUUGGACUCAUCGCUGGAGUGCCUGGCUGGUUUGGCGAGCGGACGAUCUGGCAGCGUUGCGGACCUAGCGGAGGAAACGCCGCGUAGACCAGUACAUCGGCACUCGUACGCUGCACCCGCUGAUUCUGACAUGACCACACCCACAAAACCUUUCGGUUUAGCGUCUCCUGCGAGCGGCAAGUUAGGGUUGCGUAUGACUACACUACACGAAGAGCCCGGCCGUAGAAAUGACGACGAUUCACAUUCUGAACCCGAGUCCGCGCCCACGGAUGAGCUGUCCACACCGCGAUCAAACCGUACACGCGCUAGAGCUACACCACGUGGUUUCCUACCGACAUCGAAAACUUUAGAUUCUCUCCACGAGUUGGCGUGCGAACGGGCUCCAAGCAAGAACUCUCCCUCUAUAUCAUCCAGUGGAUAUGGCUCUCAAGCAGUCUCAUCAACAAAUUUAACAAACGACGAUACACUCUCAAUAAGGAGCAUGUCCGUAGACGAUACGCCGGAUUUCGACAGGACCAUGGACUGUACACAACUCAGUCGAACUAAAAACUCAGUCGCCGGCUUGCGAAGUGAAAUCACUGAACUGAGAAACGACAUCACAGAACUGAAGAACGAAAUUGUCGAAUCGAAGAAUGAGUUGGACGACACAUCCUUUGAGAAGGCGAAAACACCAGUACUAACUCCCGGCUCUAGGAAUCGAAUUAACCCCUUCCUUAGAGACUGCGAUGAUGCCGAUAAGGAUCUGUCGGUCGACCAGUCGGUGGAUCAUGCGGCGGACGUGUUGGUCGAUCCGUUGGGAGCUCUGCCCGUUGAAAGCCACACCCUGUCUAGUCAGUUGAGCAAGGGUGCUGCUGAACCGAUGCAUAUGAAUGGAGAGGUCCCUCACGAAUCAUCGUUUGGUGAGGCAGAAGCGGAAUCGUUGAGUUCGGAACAGUCGAGCCACGAGGCGGAGAGGAGUCGCGAGGCGUCCUCGGUGGGCGAGAGUGACUCCGCCUCGCCGGGACCAGAUCUCGCGCCGAUCAGGACACACCUGCCUGCCGGAAAAGUGGUAAGGAGGCGUGCGGGCGGGGCGAGGGGGCGCGGGGCGCGGCCGCGGUCCGCUGUGGAGCCGGGCGCGGCGCCCGCGCACAAGACGUUGCGGGACACGCCCGCCUCGUCCACCGAACGUAUCGUUGAUGACGAUUCUUUAGAAGGCGGUCGCGUGAUCUCAGUACCGGAGUGGAUGACGUUGGGCGAGUGUGUAUCGCUGCGGCUGAGCAAUAGUACGGGCGUGGUCGCGUACAUCGGACCCACACAUUUCGCACAUGGACCCUGGGUGGGCGUUGCUUUGGAUGCGCCUACCGGUAAGAACGACGGUUCAGUGGGCGGCACGCGGUACUUCGAGUGCCGUCAGCGGCACGGCAUCUUCGUGCGGCCGGACAAGCUCGCGCAGGACCGACGCGGGAGGAGCGCGCGCGCCUUCCGCGACACAGAGCUCAAGCGGGCCGCCAGCAAGGGUGAAGGCCUACACAAUUUGCACAGAUCGAGAAGUCGCGGCGAGAGCAUAAACUCAGUAGGCAAAGCCAGGAGCAAAUAG